AUGUCUAGUUUGCUGCAGGAACGGCUCCAACGUGAGCGCCAGCUGGAAGGCAGCACAUGGAGCCGGCGGCCAUCCGAUUCUGGCAUGAGCACUUCCGUUGGGGAUCUCCGCGAUCGAAAUAUCCGAGACUCGCCAGUGCAGAGAAGUUCGACCGCAAUGGGGGAGAAGGCUGCCGGAGAAGGCGUGGCUGAACAGGGAGAACACAAGGGCUUUGGGGUAAAGGAGAUGGAACAGGCUCUUUCCACCUUGCACAAGCAGAACUUCGACCUCAAACUGGAGCUCUACCAUCGGCGAGAGCGACAGACCGCUCUCGAAGGACGUGUCGAGGAGCUCGAAACCGAAAAGGCGGAAGCGACCACCACGGUGAACAACCUGCAGUUCGAACUCGAUGCCCGCGACAAGGCGAUCAGCGAAGCAGUCGCGAUGAUCGUGCAACUCGAGGCGCGUGUAGAAGAACUCACGCUGGAACGAGAGAUGGUGCGACAGGUGGACGUUGGCGGGCCAUACCUCCACCCGAGCCCGAAUCAUGUCAAUGAUGCCGACCGAUCGAUGACUCCAAAGCCACAGCUCAAGCACUUGCCCCGCAUGCCGAGCUUUCUGUCGGAGCAUAGCGAGCAGACGGAGAACCUUAGGAAUGUCGUUCUUGCGAACCGGAGAAGCUUCGUGCACGCGAGGAACAUCUCGGACGCCAGCGCAGCUCCGAGCGAGCUCAAUAGAAUUACUAGCCCGAGCCUAAGCGUGCUGAGCGAGAGUUCGUUCGCAAGCAUAUAUGGUGACAGCAGCGGGUACGAAUACGUUUCGGCACUUCCGCCCACGGUUAAAGUCAUUGCGGAUAGUCCACAAGUGGCAGCAUCGCCUCGCCGAAGACAGGAGAGUAUUGCUGAUCUUCGGAGUGCAGCCGCUGGUACAGCGAGCACUUCACCGGAUCGAUCUGCGACGAAGAACGGUGUCCCGAUGCACUCACUGAACCAAGUGAUGGAUGUUUCGUCGCCCUUGCCAAAAACUAGGCAAGCAAGGAGACCCGAGGUUACACCAUACGAGAUGGGAUCUCCUCGUCCAAGCAGUCGCGGUCAGGGUGUGAUGACGCCAUCGCCCUCGAGAGCAAACGACCUGCAGCGAUAUCAGAGAGCCGUCCGCGCGGGACGCGAGACUCUUCAGCACGUGAACACAUCGUCAGGCUUGCCACAGAAGGACCAUGGUGGCUAUCACAAUCUCCCUCCGACUCCAGACACUGUUGCAUCUUCAGUACUGCGCAAGCAUCCAGGCGUGGCCACCUCGGGAGAUAGCCUUUCGGGGCAGUUUGUAUCAAAUGCACAUAUUCACACGCCCGAGUGGGCCAACAAACCAACGGACGGCUCGCGGAGUCCGAUGCGAAAGUCUUCUGCGGACAUGAAUGGCCAGCUGGCGUCGCUGACGGCAUUUACGAGCGGCAACGCAAUGCCCCAGAUCAACACUGACGUGCUCAUUGCCAGCUUCAGCGCAACCAGCCAGCCCCAGGCGCGGCCUCAAUCUGCCGCGGCCACGUCCAGCACGCGAGCCCGCGGGAAUAGCUGGGCAUCUGAUUCUGACUCGGACGGCGGUGCCGAUGCUCAUUCUGAAGAUGAUCUGGACUAUUGGAUGCAGGAGAGCCUGAAGCCGAAUAACCCUGGAGCACGGAGAGGCGGUCGACCGGUUGAGCAGCAACGAUCAUCAAGCCCAGAUCUGUUCUCCUUCCCUGCGAACAGCUCCGGAUGGCAGCCUGACCAGAUCUUUGGUGCUCAGCGCGGCAUAGGGGUCAUGAGCUCACCAGUGGCUGCUCUGAAGCGCGAUCCCCUUGACGAGAUGUCUGCAGCACUCAACACGGAACGCCGCGUGUCAGAGAUCCAACUGCCGGGACCUAAUCAGCCGCCGCCCCCAACACCACAUCGGAUCUCCAGUUUACAUGCGCGGACUGGCAGCACGGACGGGACCGUCUUUCUGGGCAGGAAGACUGACAAACUCCCGUUCCGCAGCCCUCGACGUUUCAGUAUCGGCGGUGACAAGAACCGGAGCCACAGCAUGGACACAGCCACGCAGACCUCGCCGCCAAAGAUGCAACCACUUCGCCAGCACAGCGAGCCCGGGGAGCCUGCUAAGAAGAGCCAGUACCCGCCCAUUGCAGGGCAGACGACCCGUGGGCGGCUGAAUGCAUUCUUUAGGAGAGCAGGCUCGCUCAGCAUGGCGCCUGGAGCUCUUGCGGGGGCUGCUACGCAGCCGCCGGCAUCGCCCGCUGCAGACAGAGAUGCUCCACGAGACGGCCGGUGCAGUGUCCCGCCUCCUUCGCCGCGGCCAUGGCCCGUGAACCGCAACCUUUCUGAUACCAUGUCAGAAGAUCUGCAAAGUGCGACUCCCCCACCGAUUCUGCGAAACCGCGUUCCGCGGCCAGAGUUUGAGCACAGUCCCGGGGGUGGGGUGAAUGUGGAGGCUGGUCCUCAACCGGAUAACGAUGACGGAAGAGCGAAACUAGGUCUUGAAGGCACGGAUGUGGAGUCGCAAGGAGACAAUGGCGCUCCACUGCAGGGAAAGCGGAGGUGGCUAGGCCUCGGGCGCAAGACGAGCGUCAAGAAGGGGUGA